CUAUAAAUACCCAACUAUCAUCUAAUACCUUCCUCAAAUUCUCAAACAACCGCUAAACCUUCAAACAAUUCGAUUAAACUGUAUAUUUUAUUUUGUGUGUUCAAAUUGGUCCUUAAAGAUUUUCUCAGUUAGACAAUGGUCGAUUUAGACUGGAAAGCAAAGAUGGUAUCCCCCGAUAUGUCAAACAAGUCUCCGAAACUCUCUAACAAGCUUCAUCUCUCCGUUCCUGUCUCCGCUCGUGCCGUACAAGCCGAAGUGUCGGCGGCUUCUUCUUCGGCGUGUUCGGCCUACGAAAACUAUCUCAGGCUCCCUGAGCUCAGGAGGCUAUGGAGAUGUAAGGAAUUCCCUGGAUGGAAGAACGAGUCGAUUUUAAAACCGGCCUUGCAGGCCUUGGAGAUAACGUUUCGGUUCAUUUCAACGACGUUGUCCGACCCCCGUCCGUACGCAAACCGGCGGGAGUGGAAGCGGCGGCUUGAGUCUCUCACCAAGAACCAGAUCGAGGUUAUAGCUAUGCUCUGCGAGGACGGCGAGGAAGACGAGGAAACUAGCGGUACGGCUCCGAUUUCCGACUUUACCACGACAUACGGCAUCUUGGCUCGUAACGGCAGUCUCGCUGAGGUUUGGAAUAUCGUCGGCGAGUCCCCUGCCACGGUGGUGAGUCGGACCAGCGAGGGAAGCCUCCUCCCUCGACUUGUCACGUGGCAGACGUCGGAGGAUGUCGCCCAGAACAUCCUGUAUUCGCUGGAGUGCGAGUUCAGGAGGUGUCCGUUCACUCUCGGAUUGGGGGAACCGAAUCUAGCCGGGAAACCAACACUUGAGUACGACGAGAUUUGCAAGCCGAGCGAGGUUCAUUCGCUCAAGAAGAGUCCGUACGAUCAGCAAUUGGAGAACAACUACGAAAACCAGACGGUGUACACCACGCAACAGGUCCUGGAGUCGUGGAUUUACGCGGCGGGGGAGCUCAUCCGGCGCGCCACCGACCGAAUCGAUUCGAAAAGCUUCGAGAAGGCCGCGAGCGACUGCUACAUGAUCGAACGGAUAUGGAAGCUUCUAGCGGAGAUCGAAGAUCUCCACCUUCUGAUGGACCCGGAGGAUUUCUUGAAGCUAAAGAAUCAGCUCAACCUAAAAUCAAUGGAUGAUUCGGAACACUUGUGCUUCAGAUCAAGACGACUCGUUGAGAUCACGAAGCUCUGCAAGGAUCUUAGGCACAAGGUUCCUUACAUUUUGGACGUGGAGGUGGACCCCAAAGGCGGGCCGAGGAUUCAAGAGGCGGUGAUGAGGCUGUACUCGGAGAAGUCUGAAUCGGAGAAGAUUCACCUUCUCCAGGCGUUGCAGGCGAUCGAGUCUGCGCUGAAGAGGUUCUUCUACGCGUACAAGCAGGUUCUCAUCGUCGUAAUGGGAAGUUUAGAGGCCAAAGGGAACCGAGUCGUGGUUUGUCCCGACUCCUGCGACUCGCUGAGUCAGAUUUUCCUCGAGCCAACGUACUUUCCGAGUUUGGACGCGGCAAAGACGUUCCUUGGAAAUAGUUUCAAUCAGGACCAUCUCGGCGGGUUGGAUAGACGAACUCGGCAGAAGUAGUAAGGUUGACCAGGGUUCACUUUGUCGACUCUUAUAAUUUUUGGGAAAUUUCACACUUGAAUUAAAAAAAAAAAAUGAAAGAAAGAUUGCACUUAAUUUUAAUCUAUUAAAAAAAGCAGAAGAUUAUAUUUAUUUAAUUAAAUUUUAUUACAUUAUUUUUUGUUAUAUGAUCUGAUUUAUCUUGUAAGAUUUCAUGUAUUCUUGUAGAAAUUUUGAGGCAUUGAUUAAUAUUAAUGCUGCUGUUUUUU